CCGCCUUUAAACAGGACGAAUACAUUAGCAGUUAGCUUGACAGCCGGGUUCUACAGUAGUGUUUGGUCUACUCUGCUGUGAACAAGGUCAAGUUCCAUGGCGAGAAGUACGGCCACCAUGGCCCCUUUCGUGAACACUGGAUAAAAUGUUAAUAACGCUGUGCUACGUCUAUCUGUGGGUGCGCUUUAACAAGUGCUACUCGGUGCUCAUCCGCAACAGCCUGUGCAGACUGAACAGCAGCAGCUUCAGCUUCGGCUUCAGACUGUGCUCCAGCCCGGCCUCAGCAGCUUCUCCGACCGAAGCACCCAGCCCGCCUCCUCCCGAGGACAACGUCUUCCUCCAGCUGGGGGACAGGGCCGUCUAUGUCACGGAGCCUCAGGCAUGUGAUGACCUCAGCAAAUGGACCGUGCUGUUGGGCUCCUCUCUGGUUUGUGGUCCACGCAUAGAGAAUAUUUCAUUCAUCAUAGAGGCGACAGGACACAGAGUGGGCUACCAUUCUCCUCACACAUCCAAUCAGAAAGUGCUGAAGUGGUCUGACUACUGCCGCCCUCUGGCCUGCAGCCCUGGGCAGCCCUUCAGAGCGGUGGCCCAGGCCAGCGUGGAUAACUUCAGUCGUCUGGGAGUGGCUUUCAUUGAAGACCGCCUUCAGCUGGACAAUGGGCUUAAGCCUUCCAAGAUAAUCCCUGUCCUGCUCCAAGAAUCCACUCUCAGUGAACUGUUGGAGAAGCAGUGUCCAAAGACUGAGACUUUCACCCACACUGGAGGGGGUGCUGCUGAGCGUCGUCCCCCGUCAGACCACCAGCUCCUCCAGUGCCCUAAAGGCAGCCUGCUCCUCACCCCGGAGGUGAAGAGGAGGCUGGAGGAGCGCCGAGGGUCGGAGCCGCUCAGAGGGAGCAAGGACCUGGGAGUCGUCUGUGACCAGGAGGACCGCUCCCUGGGGAAUUAUCUCCACAUGGAGGGCCACAAACACCACCUCCAUCUGUCCAGCUGCCACGAGUGUUUGGAGCUGGAGAACAGCACCAUCCUCUCUGUCAAAUACGCCUCAGCUGAGAACAUUCCAGACCUUCCUGAUGAUGACUCAGGCGGGCUCGGGAGUGGAGAUGAGACUUUGGAUGAUGUGGAGCCCGAUGGAAGAUUUUCUGGGCUGAGUGACUCUAAAAGCAAACCUCCAAAUCUCCUGCUGUACACGGGGGGUUGCCAAAAGCGCUAUGAAGCCGUGCGCCAGCUGAUAUCAGAGUGUAUAGACAUGGAAAACAACAUAAUAUAUCCCCUCCAACCGCAGCAGGCUCUGAGCGACCCCUGGCUGGAGAAUACCAGGCUCCUGGUUCUGGCCGAGGAGGAAACUCUCACCCCCCAGCUUCAGACCCGUUUUCUCACCUACCUGAGCCAGGGGGGCAGGGUGUUGGGUCUGGCCUCCACCCUGUGCCCUGCAGGCCUGUGUCUGGAGGCCCGGGAGAGGCGGCGGGGGCAGGUGAGCAGGCUGAGCUUCACCCGGGAGGACAGCACGGAGCUGCAGCUCAGCGUGCUGGCCAGCGAGAAGGUCUACAUCAGGGACACUCAGGGAGGGGGUGAGGUGGAGCUGUGGGGGGAGCUGAAAGGAGACAGCCCCCAUCAGAGGGAUAUGGUUGUUGUCAGGGUAACCCACGGAGGAGAUGGUGGAGAAGCUGUCCUCUGUCAGGCACAUCUGGAAAUUGCUCCUGACUCCCAGAAUGUACCACCUGAAGGUUUUGAUGAGCUGAAGGUCAGCAAUGCUCUGCGUUAUGAAGUCCUGACAGAGAUCCUCACCUCUCUGGGCCUCAGCUGUGAGCUCAGCCAGACCCCCACCCCAAGCCCAGUCCACCUGCUGGCCACCUCUCAGGAGGCCAAGGCCAGCUUUGUGAAUUGGCUGCAGACACGUGCAGACCAGAAGGGUCUCCUUAAAUCAUCCAACGCCUCCCUAAAGAUGGUGUCCUGCUCUGAGCUCCAGGAUGCUCCUUCGCUGCCUGAUGGCUCUCUGGCCCUGGUCACCAACUCUUCAGAGGCCCAGAGCUGGCCUCAGUUCAGUAUGGAGACCUACAGUAAGAACCUGAAGAGCAGCGUGCUGGGACACACCCUGCUGUACGCCGAGGUCGCCACGUCCACCAUGGACCUGCUACAAGGUCUGACUCUGCACUUACCAAAGGACGUGGGUUUGAUAGCGAUAGCUGGUCGACAGAUCCAGGGCAGAGGUCGGGGGGGGAACGCCUGGCUCAGCCCCCCGGGGUGCGCCAUGUUCACCCUGUCCCUGCAGGUGGAGCUGAGCUCCAGGCUGGGGCAGAGGAUCCCCUUCCUGCAGCAUCUGGUGGCUCUGGCGGUGGUGGAGGCUGUUCGCUCACUUCCUGGAUACCAGGAUUUAGACCUGAGGGUGAAGUGGCCCAAUGACAUCUACUACGGUAACCUGAUGAAGCUCGGGGGGGUUCUGGUGACUUCCACAGUAAUAGGAUCAACGUUUCAUCUGCUCAUAGGCUGUGGGUUCAACGUGACCAACAGUAACCCCACAGUGUGCAUCAACGACUUGAUCCAGCAGCACAACACCCAGCAGGGCUGCAGCCUGCCCCCGCUCUGCUGCGCUCAGAUCAUCGCCCGCAGCGUCAGCUUCCUGGAGGCCCUCAUCUGCAGCUUCCAACAGGGGGGCCCCGACGCCGUCCUGCCCACCUACUACAAGAGAUGGCUGCAUAGCGGGACCCGGGUGCGGCUCUGGAGCGAGGACGGGGUGGAGGCGGAGGUGGUCGGCCUGGACCACAACGGCUUCCUGCAGGUGCACAACAAGGAGCAGGGCGUGGUGUCAGUGGAGCCCGAUGGGAACUCCUUCGACAUGCUGAAGAACCUGGUGGUCAUCAAGCAGCGUUAGGACCAAAUCACUACAGAAUAUCAUGGUUUCUGGCAACAGACUCAACCACUCUAAUGCAACUACAGUAUACAGUAUACAUUUAUCCAUGUUUUCUAAUUGGUUAAGCACUAAAUAUGUUCCUGGUAUCGGUUAGCUUAAGGAUAAGUUGUUGGAAGACAAACGGUGAUGUGAGAGGGUUAAUGGCAGCUACAUGAAUAACAAAAGUAAUAUCUGCAUCAGUGAUUGCUCACGAGCACAAACAUUGAUUUGAUUUGAUUCUGUUUUGGGAGCACCAGUUCAAACCAUUGUCUUUCAAUUUGCACCCCUCGUCUGAAAAGCUAACUUUGUUUCACACUUACAUAAGAACAGUCAUCGUUUCAGCUUUAGCUGCAGCCAAAUAAAUAUUUCCACAGAAA